AGGCUAUUCAGGGUGGGAGAGUGGGAAAUGUGGGGUCCCGGUGCCCAAGUAGGCUACACGUAGCUAUGUGUGUGGGAAACAUUUCAUCACAGAUUGCUUGCUUUCUAGCAGUUUUGUUAUUGGUCCUUUUGGACAGAUUGGUUUGCCUGAACAACCCCUCCCCUUCUGCUGAAGAGCUACAGUAGGCUAUAAGAGCUCACUCAAGCACGUUUACACACACUCACUGUUGACCAUCCGGCCACACCAUCCUACGGGGAUAUGUCAAAACAUUUUUUUCUUAUUCGAGGGGGAAUUCUUAUGCACGUUCUGGUCUCCACGGCUGUCCAUGCCCACAAAUUAAACUGUUGGCUUCUCUAGGGAAUAGUUUCAUUAUACUUUAGUUUACCAUGGCCUCUACCAUGCUUCGGCCGGUGGCAACUUACCCCUUCUCCUCAUAUCCUCCUGACUUCAACAUGAUGUCGGACGACGAGGGGAACCGCAGCGGGAGCGACGGCAGCUCGGACCAGAGCUAUGGAUGCUGUGUCUCUUCAGAGAAGACUUGUCGGCAGAUUUCCCGCGUGGUGGGAGUCGGUGGGGUUGUUGUGGUCAAACAGCGCAACACAGCCAACGCCAGGGAGCGAGACCGGACCCAAAGCGUCAACACCGCCUUCACCGCGCUCCGGACACUCAUACCCACGGAGCCGGUGGACAGAAAGCUCUCCAAAAUUGAAACGCUCCGGUUGGCGUCCAGCUACAUCUCGCAUUUGGCCAACAUUCUUGUCCUUGGGGACGGGUGCGAGGAUGGGCAGCCGUGCUUGAGUGCAGUGUAUCGCGUGCAAGGAGAUGGCGAGGGGAAGCAACCCAGAACAAUCUGCACCUUUUGCUUGAGCAACCAGCGGAAAAGGGGGAAAGAUGGUCGGGGUUGUCUGAAAAUGCAUGCAACCCGUGCACUACGAAUGAACCGAAGAUAGACAACUCUCAAACUCCAAGGAUGGUUUAGUUCAAGUCCGCACCUCAGGGAAAAACUCCAGCUAUCACACCUACUCCUACACAGACCGACACAUUGGCCAGAAUGCCUUCGAACUUCGGAAAAAGACUGUCAAAAAUGAGUAUCAGGAAUGUGUUUGCUUGAGAAAUGAAUGUUCCUCUCAUAAUGCUGGUUUGAUGAAAUGUGAUUUUGGACGAACACAUGAGACUAUUUGGUUGCCUUUUCAACACCCUUUUGUAUUUUGCUUUGAAAUUAAAUAUAUUUUUACAUAGUU